UGAACACCUUCCAGUCACCUGACCAAACCAUCAUGGCGAGCAGUGUCGGCGGCGGCAUCUUGCGCAAAGAGUGGAAGAAGUACUUGUUGGCCUUCAACGGCGUUGUGCUGGGAGUCCCUCUUGCUGUUGGUGGGGGCUUCGUGUACAACCUCCGCAAUGACGAGCGAUUUCGCGAGGAAUUCCACGACAAGUACCCCGAGUUGGUGGAAGCCAUCCACCAGUACAUCCCAGUGUUUCCAGAAGAAGCCCCGCGCGACGAUAUUGGCGACGUCGAUGCAUCCAUUUUCAAGCAGCCUGUUCAUGCUACGGUGCAACUGAAGUCGGGUAAAUCAGUCGUGUUUCAAGUUCCCUUCGACUCGUCCCUCGCCGACGUGCACAAGCUCGCUUUGGCAUCGAACCCGACGGACCAAGUGUUGAAGGUGGACUUCCAGGACGAUGAAACCAACGCCCCUGCUUCGGCGGCGACCCUCGCACCUUCAAAAUCCAUUGCCGUGAAAGCUGCACCCGCAACAGUCGGAGGUCCCGCGUCGACAUGGCCCACGACAUACACCCCUCGCAACAAGCUAACGCCAACUACAUCAGCCCACAACCAAGCUCGCAACCCCAUUUCUGACGAGUUGAACGCCGUCCGAGCAAAGGAAGCGGCACUGCGAGCCGAACUUCACCGAGGGACCCGAGAGAUCGACGCCAUUGAAGCGGACCUCCGAGCUACCGAAGAAUUAAAGGUCCAGCUGAAGGCCCAACUGCCGCGCAAGCGAUUCUUCGGUCUGUUUUAGUCUAAUACACGCAAGGAAAUCCACUGUGGAUCAGCGACGACGAGAGCGCAUGGGGCAG